CAUGGCGCGCAGCCAAUGCGGAUACCCGGGGACUCGAGGCUCCGCCCCCGAGCACUCAGGCUUUGGGUGACCCAACGCGCUGAUGAUCAAGAGAUGGACGCGGUCCGGAGAAGCGCGCGGGGCCGCGCAGAGAGCCCACCCGACAGGAAGGUCUAUAUGGACUACAAUGCCACCACACCUCUGGAGCCCGCAGUCAUCCAGGCUGUGACAGAAGCCAUGCAGGAAGCCUGGGGCAACCCCAGCAGCUCCUAUGUGGCAGGUAGGAAGGCCAAGGACAUUAUAAAUGCAGCUCGGGCGAGCCUGGCCAAGAUGAUAGGUGGGAAGCCUCAGGACAUCGUCUUCACUUCCGGGGGCACUGAGUCAAAUAAUUUAGUAAUCCACUCUAUGGUGAGAUAUUUCCACGAACAGCAGACCCUGAAGGGGCACGCGAUUGACCAGUACGGCCCUGAGGAGGGGGCCAGGCCCCAUUUUAUUACUUGCACGGUGGAACAUGACUCUAUCCGACUGCCCCUGGAGCAUCUGAUGGAGGAACACAUGGCAGAGGUCACUUUUGUCCCAGUGUCAAAGGUGACUGGGCAGGCAGAGGUUGAGGAAGUCCUGGCAGCUGUCCGCCCCACCACAUGCCUUGUGACCAUCAUGCUGGCCAAUAACGAGACUGGUGUCAUCAUGCCUGUCCCUGAGAUCAGUCGGCGCAUUAAGGCCUUGAACCAGAGCCGGGCUGCCUCGGGCCUGCCUCAAAUCCUCGUGCACACGGAUGCGGCUCAGGCACUGGGAAAGAGGCGAGUGGAUGUAGAGGACCUGGGUGUGGACUUCCUGACCAUCGUGGGGCACAAGUUCUACGGCCCCAGGAUUGGUGCUCUGUAUGUACGAGGGGUCGGUAAACUUACCCCCCUGUACCCCAUGCUGUUUGGAGGUGGACAAGAGCGGAAUUUCAGGCCAGGGACCGAGAACACACCCAUGAUUGCUGGCUUGGGGAAGGCUGCUGAGCUGGUGACGGAAAACUGUGAGGCUUAUGAGGCCCACAUGAGGGACGUCCGAGAUUACCUGGAGGAGAGGCUGCAGGCUGAAUUUGGCAAGAGAAUACAUCUGAACAGCCGGUUUCCAGGAGUGGAGAGGCUUCCCAACACCUGCAACUUUUCCAUCCAGGGUUCCAAGCUUCAAGGGUACAUGGUGCUCGCACAGUGCCAAACCCUGCUGGCCAGCGUGGGAGCUUCAUGCCACUCAGACCAUGAAGACCGGCCAUCCCCAGUGCUGCUGAGCUGUGGUGUCCCCGUGGACGUGGCCCGGAAUGCACUCCGGCUCAGUGUUGGCCGUAGUACCACCAGGGCUGAAGUAGACCUCAUCGUGCAGGACCUGAAGGAGGCUGUGGCCCAGCUGGAGGCCUAGGGCCAGCAGCCACUCUUCCCUCAGUGGCCAGCUCAACUUUGGCCACUCUCUCCAUAGGAAACCCCUGUGAAGGUUCCCGGCCCCUAAGCUGUCCCUCUCAAGAGCUGCCCUGAGAUGACUGUCUCUCUCUGGGGUCAGAGUGAUGAGGGCUGCCUGUCACACAGAAUCCCACUCCAGCCCUCACCCUUACAGACUCAGGACACCAGUGUGACAUAGGACUCCCCUGUCACCUUCUGCCAAAGGCUAUGUGGGAAUGGAAAUGUUCCACGUAUGGGGCAGCCUGUCAGGAACACCGGGCCCAGGAGCCACUUUGGCCAGAAGAUAAAAUCCAGUCUUUGUCCAUUGUCACUUAGCUGCUAUUGUGAAAAUAGGAAACUUGGUUUUGUCUUCACCCAUGGCCUCCCAUGUGCUCCUUACAGAGCCUCCCCCACCGCCGAGUGCAGCCCUGCCUCCCUCCUGGCUCCCUCCUGGUCCCCCAGAUGAGGCUUCAUGCCCGGCAGGCCCUUCUCGUUCCUGGAGGUCAUAGGUCACCCCACCCCAUGUCUUCUCCCUCCCUUCUGCUCAGGGAUUCAACUCCAGUGUGGCUGAUGGGAGACUGGUAUCCGUCUGUUCUUAGUCUUUGUCAUAGUGGGAAAUCUGAUCAUUUCUCACUGAGCUUUAAUUGUAAUUUUCUUUGCAAAGGUUUCUGUCAUCCUGAGGAUGUGUGGCACACAUUGUACCAAUACUUAUAUAGGUAUAUCUUUUUGAAGAAUGAUUUUAGCAUGUGGGUCUAUGGUCCAAAGGAUGACACAACAUGUGGAAACAAUUGUCAGAGACUAAAUGAACGAAUAAAAUAUGUCUGCACUUGC